AUGGCGGCACUCUUAUCAACUUCAGCGUUGAGGCGCAGGCUGAGAACGGCUAUCGACAACGACUCUCCCGGGAGGCGGCUAUGGAGUUGGAGCGGGCCGAGUCAGGAGGUGGAAGAAAAGGUGGAAAAGGCGACGGCUUCGUUGCUCUCGUGGGAAGAAUUACUCAACAUCUACUCCCACAUAAUAGGGGCCAUCAUCUUCAUUCUGCUACCAUUCUACAUCUUCAGUGAUGGCAUACCAGCGAGAUGGAACAUGGCCUCAACCGCAGACGUGGUCGUCUGCACCGCCUACACCAUCGGGGUGAUUACAUGUUUCGUCCUUUCCACGGCCUUCCACACCCUCAUGUCCCACAGCGAACCCAUCUACCUCUCAGGCAUUAAGGCCGACUUCCACGGCGUCCUCGCCCUCAUGUGGUCCUCCGUCUUUCCCCUGGCGCACAACGUGUUCCCCUGCUCACCCGCCACGCGGGACGCCUACGUCGCGCUGACGGGCCUGCUGGCCGCCCUCUGCGCCGCGGCAACGGCGAGGCCGGAUUUAGGCGCCGUGGACUUGGGACACCACCGCGCCGUGUUGUUUGCUGCGUUUGGGCUCGCGGUGUUUGUGUUGCCCAUCGGGCACGGGGUGGCGCUGGCUGCGGAUGGUGGACGAGAGGUGUGGGAUAGGGUUGGUGGGUGGUGGGUCUUGGGGACGGCUGGGUGGAAUUGUGUUGCUGUUAUUGUGUAUUGGGCCAAGUUUCCGGAGAGAUGGUUCCCGAGGACGUUUGACUUACUUGGGGCCAGUCAUCAGUUGAUGCAUAUAUUUGUGAGUGAAGAUCCCUGCUUUUGCUGA